AUGCCCAUUUCCAAAAGUUUUCGUCUAACAUACCAACAACGCCGCACAUUAGUUUCAACUCUGUUUGGCCUCACAUUUUUUGCGUCUGUAUUGACGGUUUCUGCGUCCAACGUGCUACCAUGUCCCGUUCGACCUGACCGGAGCCGAUACGGAGAUACGGAGGGGAAAGCAGGGGGAAAGAGGCCUGCACCGGUGGUGGAGAAGACACCAAGAAGGUGGAUACAGGAGAGGCCCUCUUCGGAUGAUACACCAGCUUAA